AUGUGCGAUCUCGGAGCAAGUAUUAACUUAAUACCAUCUUCCCUGGUGAAAAAGCUGCACAUAGAGGAAGUCAAAUCAGUGCAAAUGUCUCUGGAGCUGGUAGAUAAGUCAAUGGUGCACCCUAGGGGUGUAGUUGAAAAUCUGUUGGUUAAGGUGGACAGGUUCAUAUAUCCUGCUGACUUUGUGGUCCUAGAGUCAGACGAGGAUGAUGGUGACUCUGUUAUACUAGGAAGGCCAUUCUUGGCCACUGCUAGAGCCAUCAUAGACAUAGAGAAAGGGGAGUUGACUCUCAGGAUGCAUGAUCAGAGUGUCACUCUGAAGGUCUUACCAGAAGCACAGUUUAGUGAAAAGAAGAAAGACUAUAUGGAAAUUGAUAAGGGAGGAUCACAGCUGAAGGAAGAACAUGACAAUGAAAGUCACAGCAACACUCCAAAGCCAAGGAUUUUGCAAACUAAUGAAGAAGCCCAAGAAGAUAUUGGAAUAUUAACCACUGAGAAGAGAGAUCCCCAAGAGAAGCCCAUGGCCAGAAAAGAAAGACCAACAACAGGAAAGAUGAAACACAGAAACAAAACAAAAAGGGGUUGGAAGAACAGGAGGAUUCCAACAUAA